UCCCCAACCACAUGGUCAUUACCUACCCCAAUACAGUACAAAGAAAAAAAAAAAACAAUAAAGAAGAUGAAAAUGAUAACUUUUCAUGGAUAAAAGUAACCAAAAGUAUUUUCAAAAUAAUAACAAAUCUAAUAAACAACUUCAACUCCGAGAAACCCUUAAUGCAAAAUAUAAUAGACAUCAUAAACGAAAUUAGCUUAGUGCUAAAAGACAUUAUAGCAUAUUGAAAUGUACAAACUAAUUCUUUGGAAUGCAAGAUCAAUACUAAAUAAAAAAACAGAACUAAAUUAUCUAACAUAUAAAGAAAACCCAGGAAUAUUAGCAAUUAAUGAAACAUGGCUAAAAGAAAAAGAUACCCUCAACAUCAACAACUAUACAGUCAUAAGAAAAGACAGAAACAAUCAAAUAGGAGGAGGUCUUGCUGUAUGCAUUAAAAAGGAUAUUCAGCAUAAAAAAAUAAACUUAAAUGACAGAUACAAAGAUAAAAUAGAAGUACUAGGAAUUAAAACAAGUUAUAAAAGAAACUGGCUAAACAUACUAUUAAUAUAUAAUCCAUGUAAUGUAAUAGAAGCAGAAGAACUAGAAUAUUAUUCAGAUCAGAUAAGACAUCCAAAAUUAAUAAUAGGAGACUUCAACGCGCAUCACCCUCUCUGGAAUGAAAAUACAAACCAAAGACAAACAAAUACAACAGGAACAAAUAUAACAAAAUGGCUAAGUCAAAAUAAUGUAUUACUACUAACUCCAAGAAACCUCAUAACCAGAAUUGAUCCAAAAACUGCAAAAGAAUCCACAUUAGAUCUCGUAUUUGGCUCACCCGCCCUAAGUCAUCUACAAAUAAAAUCUGCAUCCCACCAAAUAAGUGACCAUCUGCCAAUAAUAAUAAUGGACAACACAUACAUUGAAAACCAUUUACUCAAAGAAAAAAAAUGGUACUACACAAAAGAAAGAUGGAAAGACUACCAGAAAGAAUUAAAUGAAACAAAUUUAGAAGAAAUAUCAACCAUAGAAGAAAUAACAGAGCAGAUAAAAAAUACAGCUCUAAAAUAUUUAAAAUUAGAAACAAGACAAAAAAUAGAUAAACCAAAUAAACCAUGGUGGAACAAAGAUUGUCAUGAAACUAUAAAAGAAAGGAAUAAAGCUUUUAACAGAUGGAGGAAAAAAACCAACUAG